AUGUGCUUCGAUUAUCGCGGGUCGUGGGACUCAGUCAUGGGUGAGCACUCGGCUCUGUAUGACCCUACUAGCAAUAUUAGCACUAAGUAUGGAAUCGAGUCAUGGAUUCAAGCCGGGGUACCACCCAAAAAGGUCGUCAUGGGACUACCAUUGUAUGGCAGGACAUGGAAGCUCCAAGACCCGAAUGUUAAUGGAAUCGGAGCACCCGUCGUGGGUGUUGGGCCUGGGGAUGGCAUAUUGAUUUAUUCUCAAGUGGUGGAUUAUAACAGUGAGAAUAAUGCCACUGUUAAGUUUGAUGAACAAACUGUUUCCUUUUAUUCUUAUGCUGGAGAUUCAUGGAUCGGGUAUGAUGAUGUCGAAUCCCUGAAGCUGAAGACCCGGUUUGCCCGGUCACGGAAUUUGGGUGGAUAUUUUUUCUGGGCUCUUGGCCAAGACAAUAACUGGACCCUCUCAAGAGAAG